AUGUCCGAACUCCCCAUGCCCGAGCUUCCGAGGACGAACGAAGGGAAGCGGAUCUGCCAGAUCAUCCGGGUGAAGCCUGAAGCUUUAAAGGAGUAUAAAGAGGUCCACUCGGCUGUCUGGCCAGAGAUCCUCGCUGCACUACGACGAGCCCAUGUAGUCGACUACUCGAUUCACUACUUUGAACCCCACAGCCUGCUCAUCGCGCAUAUGCGAUACAUAGGCCAAGACUUUGAAGGGGAUAUGGCCAAGAUUGCAGAGGACGAAAAUACCAAGCGGUGGUGGAAGGUGAUAUGA